CUUCAGCGAGGCGUCAGUCUACCAGCGGGCUUGCUAACUCACCGUGCUCCAUACGCCAGGAAACAUGAAGGGAAAAGUACUCAGUGUGCUGGGACCCGUAGAACCAUCGCAGCUGGGCAAGGUGCUGACCCACGAACAUCUCUCGAACACUCUUGACGACCGAGUGUUCCUCAGUGGCCCGUCCGAGCUACAUCAUGCCGAAAUGAGCAGCUGUACUGUGGCAUUGGAAAACCUGUGGUGGAUACGUCAAUUCCCGUACAGCCAUAUAGAGAACCUGCUAUUUCAUGGUGCCGACGUGGACCAAGCCAUUCUGGAAGAGAUGCGCUUCUUGCGGUCUAAUGGUGGAGGCGCAUUGGUCGAAAAUACCUGCCGCGGAAUGGGGCGCAACAUUCCCCUCAUGCGCCGCGUGGCGCACGAAACAGGCCUUCACGUAAUCGCUGGUACAGGCUACUACGUGUGGGCCAACUAUGGAAGCUCCGUGCUCAGCAAAAACAUGGAACAAGUUGAGCGGGAAUUCAUCGUUGACAUCACCGAGGGAGUAGACGGUACUGACUCUCAGUGCGGCGUUCUCGGGGAGCUUGGAUGCAGCUGGCCUCUGCAUGAGUUCGAAGUGCGUGUGCUACGUGCGGCUGCAUUAGUGCAACAGUCCACCGGCUGUCCAGUCAUCAUCCAUCCUGGCCGGAGUCCAGAAGCGCCCGGCGAGAUAGCCAGGAUUUUUGCCGAGGCUGGCGGAAAGCUACGCCACACUGUUAUGUCACACUUAGAAAGGACAUUCUUGGAUGCGGAUUCACUCGUUGAAUUUGCGCAGUCGUAUGGAAGCUACUGUGAGCAUGAUUUGUUCGGCUUGGAAACGUCGCACUACCAACCUGCACCGUCCUUCAGCAUGCCCAGCGAUGCCCAGAGGCUGGACCAGCUAAAACAACUCGUGGAUGAAGGCCUCACUGACCGCAUUGUGAUCAGCCAUGACAUCCACACACGGCACCGGCUAAUGAAAUAUGGUGGCCAUGGCUACUCACACAUCUUCCUCAACGUCAUUCCGGCGAUGCUUCGACGAGGGUUCUCACACGACCCUGUCCGUGUCAUCACUGAAACCAACCCCCAAACCUGGCUCACCUAUUGGUGACCUUAUUAUCUGUGCAAGUGGCAAUGCGGGUGUUUCUUUUCUUAAAUAGGGAAAAAAAUAAACAUUGUUGUUAUAA